CAACAUUUUCUUUAAAAAAAGAAGGCACCUGACCCCACCAAAACUUUAUAGGAGAAAAAGAAAUAUAAACCAAAACAGACUCUCCCUUGUUAUGUGAUAGGGUUUAAUACAACGUUACCUGAAAGCCAGUACGUAAUAUCAUAAACAGAGAAAGAAGGGAAGACGGUGAUUGAAGAUGUCGUGUUCUUCAUCAUCUGGUUCGGAGGAAGAUGACGAGGGAAUUGACUCAUACAGGAAAGGAGGAUAUCAUGCCGUUCGAAUUGGAGAUCCUUUCGCUGCUGGUCGUUACAUUGCUCAAAGGAAGAUGGGAUGGGGUCAUUUCUCCACUGUAUGGCUCGCUUACGAUACUCAUUCCUCAAAAUACGUUGCUCUAAAGAUUCAGAAAAGUGCAGAACAAUUUGCUGAAGCUGCCCUUCAUGAGAUUGAAUUCCUUUUAUCUAUUGCUGAUGGCGACCCCUCAAAUUCCAAGUGUGUGGUGCGCCUAAUUGACCACUUCAAGCACAAUGGCCCAAAUGGCCAACAUCUUUGCAUGGUCCUUGAAUUCCUUGGUGAUAGCUUGCUUCGUUUAAUCAAGUUUACUCGUUACAAAGGGAUUGAAUUGAAUAAAGUUAGGGAGAUAUGCAAAUGCAUUUUGACAGGCUUGGAUUACUUGCAUAGGGAACUUGGUAUAAUCCACUGUGAUCUAAAACCUGAAAAUAUUCUUCUCUUUUCCACCAUUGAUCCUACCAAGGAUCCUGUCAGAUCUGCUUUGACUCCAAUUCUUGAAAGGCCUGAAGGGGGUGCUCUAAAUGGUAGGUCUACCAUGAACAUAAUUGAGAAAAAAUUGAAAAGGAGGGCAAGAAGAGCAGUCGCUAAUAUCUCUCUUAGAAGAGUUUCUAUGGGAGGAGCAGCAGAAGCUCCAAAAGUUACAAAAUCUCUGGAUGGGAUUGAUAUGAGGUGCAAAGUUGUGGACUUUGGGAAUGCAUGUUGGGCUGACAAAACAUUUGUCGAUGAAAUUCAAACCAGACAGUACAGAUCUCCUGAGGUCAUACUAGGUUCUGGGUAUUCCUUUUCAGCUGAUAUGUGGUCUUUUGCUUGUACAGCCUUUGAGCUUGCUACUGGUGAAUUGAUGUUUGCCCCUAAAAGCGGCCAAGGAUUUAGUGAAGAUGAGGAUCACCUUGCUCUCAUGAUGGAACUCCUCGGAAAGAUACCUCGAAAGAUUGCCAUUGGAGGAGGUCGAUCAAAAGAUUAUUUUGACAGGCAUGGGGAUCUAAAGAGGAUUCGACGGCUCAAGUUGAGGCCACUUGAUAGAUAUUUAGUGGAUAAAUACAAAUUUUGUGAGAGUGAUGCUCGUGAGUUUUCAGAGUUCCUUUGUCCUCUUCUGGAUUUUUCGCCAGAGAAGCGACCAACUGCCCAGCAAUGUUUGCAACAUCCUUGGCUCAAUCUCAAGACCUCUACAGUCUAAUAACUAACAUUGGUGUAGGAAUGAGCAGCCUUAAGAUUUAAAUGAGUGAAGGGAUUAAAGAUGUGGACACAGCUUGCAUCAUUUUCAUGUAUAUAUAUAUAUUUCUAUUGUAAGGAAAUGAGCUGAGAUGAAGGGCUCUGUGAAAAUCUAAAAUAGUGGCACUUACAAAAUGUGUUUCGUCACAUUCUAUAAUUAGUACUUACAUAGGAUCAGCUGAAUCAAUCCUUAGAAUGUGGAUGUACAGGAUAUUGAAUAUCAAUCUGGAUGAAUGAUUUGUGCUUUUGGGUUGUAGUAUAAAGGAAUGGGCAGGAGAAGAGAAGAGAGCAGAAGAGCAAAUCAAAGUCCACAAUCUCUCUCAGAUUACUCCUAUAAUUUUGUAACUAUCCAUCUAUUCUCGAUGAAAAAUAUUGUAUGAAAUAGUUGUCGGUGGAAAAUAUUAUAUGAAAUAAUUACAUCACAUCUGUGUCA